GGCCACACUGGAAGGUGUCACAAGAUCCCUCAUGGGCAAACAAGGAAGAGAAGAGCAGCAUAACGGAAUGUAACAGCACAACCUUUGAGCCUAUUACAACUUAACUCAGCAUUAUCCCAGCGCUUCAUUUUUACAUCUUCUGCGUGUGGGCUGAAGGGAGACGAGGAACUGAAGCCUUUAGACAUCAACAUGUCAACAGAGACGGAUCAAGCUGCUGUCACUGCCACUGAGGCUGUGCCCGACGAUACAACACCAUCACCUACGAUAGAAAUCAGGACUACGCCUGCAGCCAAGGACAAAAAAAAGGUUCCAGAAAAGACAAAUGAGUACUUAAAGGGCAGGUUCCAGGGAGAUGGGGUGAGGUACAAAGCCAAGCUGAUUGGAGUGGACGACGUCCCGGAGGCCAGGGGUGAUAAAAUGACUCAGGACUCCAUGAUGAAGUUGAAGGGAAUGGCCAUUGCUGCUCGCUCCCAGGGCAAACACAAGCAGCGGAUCUGGGUUAUCAUCUCCCUCACAGGAAUUAAAAUCAUUGAUGAGAAAACUGGGGUGAUUGAGCAUGAGCAUGCAGUGAACAAGAUCUCAUUCAUCGCCAGGGAUGUGACAGACAGCCGUGCUUUUGGUUAUGUGUGCGGUGCUGAGGGACAACAUCAGUUUUUUGCCAUCAAGACUGCUAACCAGGCGGAACCAGUAGUUGUGGACCUGAAGGACCUUUUCCAGUUAGUCUUCAACAUGAAAGCAGAAGAAUCCCAAGCUCCAGAAGAGGUCAAACCAGAUGAUGCAGCGGUAAAGGAGAAUGGUGGUGGUGAUGCCUUGCUCUUUCUUGCGGAUGAAGCAAACACAGUGAAACCUCCCUCCAGUGACCUGUUUGGAGCAGACUUGUUUGCACCAGAGGAACAAAAGGAUUUGGGCACAACUCAAGUUGAUUCACCUCCCUCAGCUGAGCUUUUCAGCACCACCAUCCCUACCAGUGGUCUGGGUCCAUCCACAGUUCCAGAACUGACCGCUCCAAUGUGGGGGGGACCAGUUGCAACUGCAUCGCCUUUCCAAGGCAGUGCUCCAGGCCCCGUCCAAACCGCACCUGCUUUUGGUGCUGUGCCCACCCCCACCCCAUGGGCGAACUUUGGUGCUCCAAUGGGCGGAGUCCCACCUGGACCUCAGUGGGGCCAGGCUCCUCCUACCAUGGUUCCGCCAGGUGCCUGGCCUCAACCGACUCCUCCCACAGCCAACAACUUUCAACACAGACCAGUUGUUACAGGUGGUAUGAUGGUAGCAGGACAACAGCCAAUGGCAGUUGGAGGUGGUAUGUUUGUAGGACAACAGCCAUUCCCAAUUGGUCCAGGUGGUAUGAUGGUAGGACAACAGCCAAUGCCCAUGGGAGGUGCUAUGAUCAUGGGAGGACAACAGCCGGUCAGACGCUUACCUCCUCAGCCACCGGUUAAAGAACCACAACCGACAAAGAGUGCCUUCACUACUCUGGACCCAUUGGGUGAAAAGGAGAAAAAGAUGGGGAAAGACAUGUUCAAGGAUUUCCAAAUGAUUAAGCCUGGCUCAAACCCGGCCAGUAGUCCCACUAGCAGUGGCCCGGCGCCCACUGCUCCCACUGGCGUAAAUGGAGACCAAGCAUUUGCUCAGUAUUUUUCCAGCAAAGUUGGAGUACCUCAAGACGUGGCUGACCAUGACGACUUUGACAUCAAUCAAAUAUCAACCACCAUAAAAGCUCCACAGCCGGACAUCCCAGUGUCCUUCCCCCCACCUGGAGUCUCUUUAGAUGCGGCCUUCACCCCUCAACUAACUUCUAACAACAACCAAGCUCCAGCUUCAGCCUUAGACCAGUUUCACAAUGCCUUUGGUACGGAUCCUUUCGGUGCGCCAUCUGAGAUGAUUACUCCUCCCACCCAAACAUCAGCAACGCCAGUUGCUUUUGGGGAUCCACUGGGAGAUCUCUUCAGCUGAGAGACUACAACACAUUGAUGAAUGUGUAUACUUGAUGUAAGAGAGGGACUGAACAAGUGAUGAAAUCAAGUCCUGCCAUUUUGCCUUUGGAUGAGUUAUUCAACGUGUUUAUUCUUUUUCACAGUAAAAGUAUUGUUGAUUCUUUAAUUUUGUACCAGUGGACAAGAAAAUAGAAGACUAUAUAUUGUGGUUCAUGUGUUCAUGUUAUUUUAGUUUGAAUAUGGAAAUCAAGUGUAAUUUUAUAUACAGUACUUGUUCUUCUGAACUUCUCCUCAUACUGAUUCUCCUCAUAUGUUUUCAAGUGAUUGAGACUAUUCUUUCCAUUUCUGUACUUACGAUGGUAUCUUACAAAAAGAUGCUCAAUACAAGAACUAUGUGUAGUCUAUUUUGAUGUAGGUGUUUUUAAAAGGUUGCUACAAAUUAUGUAUUAUUUAAACCAACAAAUUCAUUUCAACGAUUUUGCAUUGAAGAUCGAUAGAGCACUGCUAUUUGCUACUUCAGUUGGCAAGUUAUGCAUACAAGCCUAAGCCUCCUCUCAAUGCAAGUGUUUAUGAAAGAGGAAUGGAUAUACCCGCUUUUCCUAAUCAUAAAUUAAACACUUUGACACACCUUUUGUAGCUUCUCUGUUAAUCUACAACUCUGACACAAUUUACAACUGUACAGUCUUUUUGUGAAAAAUAAUUACAUAUAAGUUUAAUAAAGCG